AUGAUAGAGGAUGUCGACGCUGGAAAUGUCACAGCCGGAACCAAAUCCAACUCUGGCGGUGUGAAUCUAUAUCAAAACAAGGCCAUCGUGCUGAUUCCAACACCUAGCCCCGAUCCAAAAGAUCCACUCAAUCUUCCAGCAUGGCACAAGUACUUGAUGAUAUUCCUUGUGGGUGUAUACUCUGCAUUUGCCGUUCUUGGGACGUCGGGCUUGGGCGCGGUGUAUCCAGAGGUGAUGAAGAUGUACAAACCAGAAGAAGCAAUCCGCGCGACCGAUUUGAUGACAUAUCCCACCCUGUUCAUGGGACUCGGAAACCUUUUCAGUAUGCCCCUUUCGGUGGCUAUUGGAAGACGACCGGUAUUCUUGGCUUCUCUGGUGUUGCUGCUCGCCUCCAGCAUAUGGUGCGCGUGUUCGGGCAAUAACCUCAGCAGUCACAUCGGAGGCCGCAACAUCUUCAGUAUGGCAGCCGGACAAAGCGAAGCGCUGGCUCCACUUAUCGUCGAAGAGAUUCAUUUCUUACACGAAAGGAGCGCAAAACUUUCAUGGUUUGUUGGUGUACAGACCGUUGGCACUGCUGUCAUGUUCAUUGCAACUACUGCUCUAGUUCCAGUCUGGGGGCUGAAGUGGUGGUACGGGAUCAUCGCAAUUGUCACAGGAGUUCUCUUGAUACUGUCCGUUCUCUUCAUGGUUGAGACGAAAUAUGACCGGCCUGUCGAUGCUGAUGGGGGUUUGGUGCAACUGAAGUUCGACGAGCAGGGGAAUCUCGAUAGCGAAGGCAAGCAGAACUUCCUGUACCAGGUCACCACCAAGCAAACACAUGUUCUGCAGCCAGAAAUCUUCGGGCCGAGAACCUGGCGCUACGAUUUGCGCGUCUUCCACUUCAAACCUGACUGGAAGGCGACAGUAGUCUUCUACAAGGAAACUCUGCAAUGUCUGAUCAUCCCCAAUGUCUUCUGGUUGCUGUGUCUCAAUGGGGCAUUUCUUGGCUUGUACGUUUACCAGGCGUCCACUUUUGCCCAGCUCUUGAUGCCGCCACCACACCUCUUCACGAGCAUGGAGUUGGGCUACGUGCAACUGGUGCAGAUUGCCGAUUGCAUGAUCUUGAUUCCUGUUCUUGGUUACGGAGCGGACUUCCUCGUCAAGUCGAUGAGCCGAUGGCGUGAUGGCAUUUUCAAGCCCGAGUAUCGCCUUCUUCCAAUCGCUUUCCCCGCGAUAUGUGCGAUCAUUUCGGCUGUUCUCUACGGUCGCGGAGCACAAGAUCUACUGAGCUGGCACUGGAUGACCAUUGUUGGGCCGUACCAUCUGGGAUACUUUGCUUUCAUCGGUUGCAAUGUCAUCAGCAUCGCAUACUGCAUCGAUAGCUUUCCCAGGAAGGCAGGACCUUUGCUGCUCGUCGUUUGUGCAGGCCGUGGCUUUAUAUCAUUCGGUCUGAGCUAUUCCACGGUGCCUGCCAUCAAGUCGCUGGGAUAUGAUGGAGCCAUGAACAUAUUGGCUAUCAUAAGUGGUGUACUCCUGGCAGUCCUCGUUCCAGCUUACUUGACGGGUCAAUACUUCAGGAACCUUUUCGCGAAGAAGGUCUUCAAGGAGGAAUCUUCGGUGCAUUGA